AUGGGGGGACAAGAGAACAUGAUAACGAGAAGAGGACAAUUGAAAGCGUCGAUAACAAGAUUUUCAAAUUAUCUACAAGCGCAAAAUGUUGAUUCGACAGAGGUAAAAGUGCGGCGUGAAAAAGUAGAAGAGUCAUGGGCAGAAUAUGAACAGGUUCAAGCGGCCAUAGAAAUGAAAGAGGGAAUCAGUAUCGAUGCACAAAACAAGUAUAGAAUGGAAUUUGAAGACUUAUACUUUAAAACUAUUGCUGCAGCAGAGAAAAUCAUGAUAGCAGCAGGCUCAACUGUAUCGCAAGACGAGAGUAGAAAUAAAAAUUCUGACACCGAUAUGCCUAAUGCGUGUAUGAAUAAAGUAUUGUCGACGGUAAAGUUGUCGUCGUUGAGCGUACCGGAAUUUACCGGUAAUUAUCAAGAAUGGGCAUCGUUUUACGAUAUAUUUUCGACACUAAUAGAUAACAAUACGUCGUUAACGGCGAUAGAAAAGUUUUUUUAUUUACGCGAAUCGUUAUCAGGCGAGGCAUUGAGUUCGAUAAAAUGUUUGGAAACAACAUCUAAUAAUUAUACCGUAGCAUGGCAAUCGUUAAUCACGCGGUACAAUAAUAAAAGGGUGUUGGUUCAAGCACAUGUAAAAGCGAUAUAUGAUCUCGAAACGGUGGGCGGCGACUCAGCGAAAAAAUUAAGACAGUUUACGGAUGCACUGAAUGGACAUAUGCGUGCGUUAGAGGCGCUGGGUCAAGAACCCACAAAUUGGGGACCACUCCUAAUAUAUGUAAUAUUCAUUAAAUUAGAUAAGACUACACUAAAAGAGUGGGAAUCGAGAGCGCACGGUACUGAAGAGCCAAAAUUAUUAGAAUUAAUUACAUUUUUAGAGUCAAGGUAUAAAAUUUUGGAAUCAAUUGAAGCCGUAAAAAAUAUAAAUAUUAAAGGUAGCACAAUUACGACAUCAAACGAAAAAAAAUAUAUCGAAGAAAGAGGAACGUCACAAUUAUUCGCGUCGACUUCAAAUUUAGAAUGCUAUGUUUGUAAAUCGACACAUAUGAUUUAUAAAUGUCCUACAUUUUAUAGUUUGACCGUACCAGAGCGAAUAAAACGCGUAACAGAGUUGAAGUUAUGUAAAAUUUGUUUACGCCAACACGAGAGUAAAAAAUGCAAUGCAAAAUUCUGUUUUAAAUGCGCAAAAGCGCAUAAUACGCUAUUGCACCUGCCAGGAGGGAGAAAUACAGUAAUCGAAGAUAAUACGGCAGGUCAGUCAACAGUCGCAAAUGUAUCGACAAGUGAAGUAAUUGAAGCAUCAACAUCGUUAAGCGCACAUACAUCGGUUAUACAGGACGACAAGGUAUUACUGUCGACGGCAAUGGUGUCAUUGCGCAGCGAAUCAGGGCAAUGGGUUCCGGGACGCGUACUUUUAGAUUCUGGGUCCCAAAGUAAUUUGAUAACAGAGCAAAUGGUACAGCUUUUAAAGUUAAAAAAGAAGCAUGUGAAGCAUGAUCUAUGCGGAAUAGGCGGUAGCACACAAAAGGCAUCGUCGGCGGUGGUUGCAACAAUGGCGGCCGAAGACAGAAAAUUUACAUUAACAGCCACGUGUUUGGUAGUGAAGCGUGGACCGAUAUUCCAAGAAACUCGUUUUGGAUGGGUAGUCUCGGGUCCCGCAGAUAACGUAAUUAAUUCAGGUAAAUGGGCAGCGAGUGCGGUAAAUCUAUCGAUAACCGAGAAUAAAGAAACAAAUUUAGAACAAUCGAUUACAAAAUUUUGGAAAUUGGAAGAGUAUGAACCAAAAUCAGUGUAUACAAAAGAAGAAAAGGAAUGCGAGGCACAUUUUAACAAACAUAUAAGUCGGAGUGAAUGCGGUCGAUUUAUAGUUCAACUUCCGUUUAAAGCAAAUGCGCCAAAAUUGGAAUACGAAGCAUUGGGACAUAUGGAACGAAUCGAUAAGGAAAUCGAAAAUAAAGACGAAGAAGGCAAAUAUUAUAUUCCACACCACGCCGUGCGUAACGACAGUAGUACGACGACAAAACUACGGGUCGUAUUUGACGCGUCAUGCAAAACUGAUACGGGCGUUAGUCUCAACGAUAUAUUCCUUAAAGAUAUCACAAAAAUGUAUCGCCAAAUUUUAGUUGUUGGGGAUCAGCGAGAUUUUCAACGUGUGUUAUGGCGACCUGAACCAACACAACCGAUCCAUGUAUAUCGACUUAAUACACUUACCUAUGGUACCAUGCCGGCGUCAUACUUGGCAACAGCAUGUCUCGAAAAUUUGGCAAAAACGGAAUGCGACAGUUGCCCGGAGGUGGGCGAAUCAAUUACUAGAGAUUUCUAUAUGGAUGACUAUCUAGGUGGUGCAAUGUACAAAACCGCCGGUUUAGAACUGCGUAAAUGGUUAUCUAAUGACCCGCAGUUAAUAGCCGACGUGCAUUCCGACAACAAUAGCAUAAGAGCUAUGGGCGAACUAAUGACAAAAAUACUAGGCUUGCAUUGGAAAUCAGAUGAUGAUAUGUUGUUCUACACGGUACAGCAGAUUAAUUUGGAUGACGUAUUACCCGAUAAUAUUUGUGCAGAAUGGAAAAGAUACCGAGGUGGAUUACCAUCGUUAAAUAAUUUAAGAAUACCACGAAAAAUAAUUUCAACCGAAAUAGUAGUUAGUGCGGAAAUACACGGUUUCGCGGAUGCGUCCGAGAAGGCUUAUGGCGCAUGUUUAUACUUAAGAACCACGGGUGGACACGCAGAAACGGACGUAAACUUAAUAUGCGCCAAGUCGAAGGUUGCUCCGCUAAAAAUAGUGUCUUUGCCGCGGUUAGAACUGUGCGCCGCCUUGCUGUUAGCCCGAUUGAGUAAUAAACUAAUACCAAAAUUAAAUUUAAAAAUUGAUCGACGUCGAUUUUGGACCGAUUCUAAAGUGGUCUUGGCUUGGAUAACGUCGCCAUCAGGUCGAUGGAAGACAUUUGUCGCACACCGCGUUGGUGAAUUACAAGAGUUAACCGCGUGCAGCGAAUGGUCACACGUCCCCACUCACGACAACCCGGCGGACGUAAUUUGGCGCGGAUGCAAUGCCGAGGACAUCGAAAAAAAAUCAAUUUGGUGGUGCGGCCUGGAAUGGUUAAUUAAAGACGCCAUUUGUGCAACACUCGCGGAGAAAGGGGUAGAGUGGAAGUUAAUACCACCACGAUCUCCACAUUUCGGUGGCCUGUGGGAGGCGGCGGUUAAGUCGAUGAAAAAUUUGUUAUCUAAGGUGUUAGGUGAAUCUCGCCUAACUUACGAAGAGAUGAGUACUGUACUGACUCGGGUUGAAGCAUGCUUAAACUCUCGUCCCAUUACCUCCCUGUCUUCCAACCCAUCCGAUCUUUCCUAUUUAACGCCUGGUCAUUUUCUAAUUGGUGAUGCUAUUACCGCCGUACCCGAAAGGGAUGAAACGACUACUUCCGUGACGCCGUUGGAGCGUUGGAGAAGAGUUACCCAAUAUUCACAACUACUUUGGAAGCGCUGGAGUACAGAGUAUCUGGGUCAACUACAGGAGCGUGUAAAAUGGACUCAAUCAAAGGGGCCAAAUUUAAAGGUAGGAUCUGUGGUGUUAAUACGAGACACAAAUUUGCCCCCUUUGCAGUGGCGUCUCGGUCGGGUCCUCCAAAUCCAUGCAGGAAGGGACGGAAUAAGUUGGUCGGCGUCCGUAAAGACGAAUUUUGGGGAAAUUACAAGGGCAGUUCGUCUCCUUUGUCCGUUACCAAUCAACAACAAUCAAUAUUAA